AUGGGGCGAUCAACCCACGCGCUGCUCCUCCUAGUCGUCGCCGUCGCAGCGGCGACCUGCUCCUCGGCUGCGGCCCAGGUGCCACCCGAGGUGGCCGCAGUCUGCAAGACCACCCCGUUCGCGGAUCUGUGCAGCGCCACGGCCGGGAAGCAGGCGGGGCACUACACCACCAUGGACGCGGUGGCGGUGUUGAACAUGCAGGUGGACGCCUUCGCGAAGCGCACGUCGGCGGCGAAGGAGCACGUGACCCAGAUGUCCGCCGAGGCGAGCCCCGCGGCCAAGAAGGCGCUGGAGUUGUGCGAUAGCCUCUACUCGGACGUGGAGGACAACCUCGGUGCGGCACGUCGUGCCUUAGGCUUCAAGGACGCCACAACCGUCCGAGCCAUGAUGAGCAUGGCGGCCCAGGACAUGCAGAACUGCGACGAGGAGUUUAGGAAAGUCGGUGAGAAGAACCCCAUGGACCGCUUCGACCAGUCGCUCCUACAGAUAUCUGAGAACUGCCGCGCCCUCUCCAACAUGAUCUAA